AUGAAAACCAAAGGCGAACUCUCGGAUACCGAGCUCCAGGAAUUCGAAGCUCGAUACGCAGCUCUCUUAGCAGAAUCCAAGUGCCUCGUCGACAAGCUAUACCAGCUACAUCCCACCCGCAAGGACCCGUACAACAGGCAUGAAGUGAUCACACCCGAGCCGACACCAGAGCUGCGGAAGCAGAUUGAGGAUGUCAUGCAGGAGGAGUGGCAGACUCGGUGGGAGUCAGGGACGCUGAAAACGUUCGUUGAACGGGAGUAUAGGCUGAGGAAUAGGACAGUCGGGAAGCUGAUCAAGGAUUGGUUGAGCUAG